UAGAGGCGGCUGACAUGAUAUGCAGCUCGCCUCUGUGCCGCCUUUGUGAACAUAUGUGUGUAAUUUGUUAUUUGGUUUAGGAUGCUGGUAGUGAUUGUUGGGGACUGGGCUAGGUUUAAAAUUCUGAUUGUGCAUCACACCCUUAGAAAAAGGCUGUUAAACACAUUAGGAACAGGGGUGCUGCUUCUUGUGUUUUUUGGGUUGGUUAGAAUCGCAUAGUUAGGCUCUUUGUUGGUUCCUGUUCCCCUACUUCAGUUGUCCUCUUGCCUUGUUUGUAUAUUUGUUUACUUAUUUACCCUCCUGUUAACGCAAUAAAUUAAAUCAGUAAUGUGAUUUACCAAUAACACCUGGUUUUAUGUUGCUUCCCUUUUCCCCUAGCUGGGUCGUAACACAAAGCCUGCCAACAUAUGGUGACUGGGAAGAUGGACGCCAGAAGCCAACGUGGUUGUAGUGAACUGAAACCUGGUUUUAUGAGCAAUCCGCGGUCAGUAAGUGAAAUACUGUAAAAUAUUUCCCGGGCUGUUGUAUCUUUGCUUGCAGAAAUCAACUGCCUGGUACUGGAUGCGAGUCCCACGGCGUCUGAGGUUUUAAUUUCUCAGCAAAGUGGUUCCACAAAGGGUUUAUAUCUCGAUGCUUCAUGUGAACAGUGCAACAUCUACUGGCCUGAAUACAAAACAGGCAAAUACAAACAUUUGUACAUCACAAAUUGAAUUUAUCUACUGAAAUGCGCAUGCGCACCAGCCAGCCCCGACCUGUCCUGUGUUGUAAUACCACUUUGUGACACUAGAGGCUGUGUGAGUCAGUGGAGCACCAAGUCUGCCCUCAGUCCCACGAAGAAGAACAACUUCCAGCAGCUUGAGGUUAGCAUCACAGAAACACAGGAAUGGCUGAACCUCCUAAAAGGUAAUAUUCAUCUGCGUCCCGAAGGACCGCUCCCGACAAGAAACCAAGUUCAACGGCAAAGAAAAGAAGCAACACGAGUAAAUCUCGAUGUGGCUUUCCACCGCUGGAGACAGCUAACUUUCCUGUUAGCCUGGACCUGAGCCAGUACAGAUGCAACACUGCCUCCACCCGUCUCACCAACGGCAGAGAGUCCAGACAGUGAGGAGGGUCUAGGACCAGAAGUCCAGUCUAAUCAGCAAUGAUGCACCAGCCUUUUCUUCUGCAUCUGGCCUCAUCAAUCAUCAACCCCAUUACAUCAACACCUUGAGGUAUGGCAGAAUCCACCUCGGGCCAGAACCACACCUUGCCCAGCAAGAAAUGUGCAGAUGAAAGCGUGUUACGUAAUUUGGGUGAAAGAGGAGGAGCGGACUGAAUGGAGGCCAGCCGGCGGUGACAGACCGAAGAGGACUCUGACAGGAGUGUGCAGCCAUGGAGCUGGGUGUUACUAAGUCAAUGUUAGCUGGAGGUGUUCUGGUUCUGCCUGUCCUGGCCUUCAUCACCUCCUUCGUCUUCUGGCCCGGAGCGCUCCUCAAGGCCUACAACUGGUACUGGCGCCGCAGGCUGGGGCUGGUGGUCCGCUACUCUCACAGCGGAAGUUACCGCUUCUGUUAUUCCAGCCGUGGGACGCCGGGGGGCGCCACACCAUCGAUGCUGCUGCUGCAUGGCUUCUCCGCCACCAAGGACAUGUGGUUGCCCGUCGUCAAGCACAUCCCCAGGAACCAGCAUGUGGUGUGCGUGGACAUGCCGGGACACGAGGGGACAAGUCGCACCUGUGCUGAGGACUACAGCAUCCAGGGCCAGGUCGGCCGAAUCCACCAGUUUGUGCAGAGCAUCGGUCUGGAUAAGAGACCCUUCCACCUGGUCGGCACAUCGAUGGGUGGGAACGUGGCAGGGGUGUACGCUGCCUGCUACCCUGCUCACCUGUCCAGCGUCAGCUUGUUGUGUCCCGCAGGUCUGGUUUAUCCCACAGACUCUGAGUUCAUCAUUCGUCUGAGGGAGAUGGAGAAGAGUCAGGAGGAGGAGGAGGCGAUUCCUCUGAUCCCCACCACUCCUCAGGAGUUGGAGAACAUGCUGAGACUCUGCUGUCACACCUCCCUCAACCUCCCCCGACAGGUCAUGCGAGGGCUUCUGGACAACAGGAUCCCCAACAAUGAUUUCUACAGAGAAGUGUUCAUGGAGAUCGUCGGGGAGAAGUCUCGUCACUCGCUGCAGGAAAACCUUCCUCUGAUCACAGCGCCUCUGCAGGUCAUCUGGGGGAAGGAAGACCAGGUGCUGGAUGUUUCGGGGGCAGCCGUGCUGCAGGCGGCGCUGCCCGGCUGCCAGGUGGAGCUGUUGGACAACUGCGGUCACUCUGUGGCGUUGGAGCGACCCAGGAAAGUCGCCAAUCUCAUCAUGGACUUCUUGUCUGCACAGGAAGUCACCGGGGAAGACGCUAAGAAACAUUCCUGAAGAAAACUUUUGAACUCUACGCCGACCCCUGACCUCACAAUGGAUGAUGUAGGCGAGGAGAGUGAUUGUUAUGAUGAAGGUGAUGAGGAUAAUGAUGAUGGAGGUAAUGAUUGUGGUGUUGAAACUCUUUUAUAGGUUAUUGUGAGACUUUUCUACGACAACGUAUGUGAAAAUUAAACGAACGCACAAAAAUUCCACUUAUCAGCAUAUACCUAUAUAUGUGUUUACCAGGUUGGAUCUCACACAGCUCUACUGUCAUCUCUGUUUCAGAUGUUCAUGUUGAAUGAAAACAUUUUAGGAUUUUGCACAUUUCUCUUUCAGUAAACUGUAUUUCAGUCUCUGUUUCACUGAAUGGUUGGUUUCUGUCUGUGUGUUACGUCUCCUGCUGGGACCUGACUGCAUAUUUAACCUCAUAUGAAAAACAUCACAGGUGAAUGAGUGUGAUUGAAGUGUGAUUUUUAUCCUGUUUAGAAAGUAAAAAAGUUUCAUAAAUGAAGUGAGUCAGUCCUUUUAACACUUUUAGUACAAAGAGUGUGUAUGACUACAGAAGUAAAACCAAUUAAGUGAAAAGAAUUGAUUGAUUGAUUGAUUGAUUGAUUGAUUGAUUGAUUGAAAACUUCUGCGCUAGUUUUUGUUUUUUUCAUUCACCAGACCACUGGGGGACACGUCUCUAGCUCUAUCAAGAAUUUCAAAGAGGAGAUCAUUUGGUCAAGAUGUAUCAGUCCACAGCAACAAGUUGUCCAUCUUGUAUUGUGCAUGUGACGUGUAUUACAGUGGUAGGCAAAUAGAAAAUCUGGCUCUUCAACUAAAACAUUUGGCCUCUUAACGAAAGUUUAAGUUUUUACUUUCUUUGUUUGCAUCAAAACUUUUGCAUAUUUUUUUUUUUUUUUUUUUUUUACAUAAACCUGCUUCAGGUCACAAUGUAAAUAUGAAAGUUGUUUAACUACCAAUAAAACAAGAAAUGUAAUACUGCA